CUUUUGUUGGCUUUGGCGCUAUAUAAGCCGCGGCGGGGGCCAAAGCGGAGGCUUCUCGGCUUGGCGGCUGGUGCUCGUCGGACCGUGUGAGACUUCCGAGCUUGCGGAGCGAGCCCCUGGUGUGCCAAGGCAACCGCAAGAGCAGCAGCGCCAUGGAGAUGAAGAAGCGGCUCAUGCUGGAGCUGCGGAACAAGAAGCCCGGCGAGGUGAAAGAGCUAGUCUUGGACAAUUGUCGCUCAGACGAUGGGAAGAUUGGCGGGCUUUCCUCGGACUUUGAAAAUCUCGAAUUCCUCAGUAUGAUCAACGUCAACCUCCUCUCAGUCUCCAAUCUGCCCAAGCUCAAUAAACUCCGGAAGCUGGAACUGAGUGACAACCGCAUUUCCGGGGGCCUGGAAGUCUUGGCGGAGAAGACCCCCAACCUGACCCACCUGAACCUGAGUGGGAACAAAAUCAAAUAUUUCAACACGUUGGAACCCCUGAAAAAGCUGCCCCACCUACGGACCCUGGACCUCUUCAACUGCGAGGUGACGAACCUGAGCAACUACCGCGACAGCGUCUUUGCCCUCCUUCCCCAGCUCACCUACCUGGACGGCUUUGACGCCAACGAAAAGGAGGCCCCGGACUCCGAGCCGGAAGCAGACGGGCUGGACGACGAAUAUGACGAGAAUGGCGAUGAAGGCGAGGAAGAUGAUGAUGAGGAAGAACUGGACGAGGAUGUUGUAGAUGACGAAGAGGAUGAUGAAGACCUGGACGGUGAAGAAGAGGAAGAUGGGGUUGACGAAGAGGAGGAGGAGGAAGAUGAUGAGGAUGGAGAAGAAGACGACGAUGACGAAGGUGAGGAGGACCUCCCGCAAGGCGAGAAGCGGAAACGAGAACACGAGGAUGAGGGGGAGGAAGACCCCGAUGAAGAGGACGACGAGGAAGACGACUGACUGGUCCUCCUCCUCGUCAGCCAAUCCAUUUUGCGGACUGUGACUUUUCUGGCCUUGGCCUCCACUGUUGUGUCCCAUGUGAGACUGUAACAAAUUCCCACCCACCCCCACUCCUGAAUCCUCAAUUGCUUCCCAGACCGCACCCCUUUGUAUGGCUGCAACACCACAGUAUAUUUUUUUAAGAUGUAGAAAUACGGUAGACGUUUCAGGAGAUGUCGUUUGCCCCGUGCACGAAAUGCUCACGUCUCGCGUGGCCCACUCACUCCCCAUCUCUGGUAUUUCGUGACCAAAAAGUUUUCUUACUCCGUUGCUGUGUACGAUGACCCCACCACAGUGAUUUCUCCGCCUCCCUCCCCAGACCUUAGUCUUUGGGGUUUAUUACGGUCAGGAUCACUUUUUCACUGUUCUGCCACUAAUGGGGGGGGGGCACACACCAGAAGGUUCUACCGCAACCAACCCGAUGACAUCUUUGGAUCACCGUCCCAAGACAGCUGCGGAACUCCAGGAUGGAACUUGGGGCAUGCAACUUCUGAAAAUCCAACCGUCGGAAUGGCCGUGGGUCAGCUAUGGAUUCUUCUGAGGGUGGGGUGUUGUGGCUCUUAAGGAUUGUGGAUCAGUUGGUCUCCCAGCCUCCCUGAAGACUUAAACAGCUUUGCAACAUUUUUUUUUAAAGUCCCUUGUAGGCUAGGCUCUCUAGCUUGCUAGUCCUUGGCUAUCGGGGGGCGGGGGGGAAUGCUGCCUCAGACUCCCUGUUCAGAAAGUGGGCGGCACUUCUAAAGAGCCUUCAAGUGGUGGUCUCCUUGAAAGUAGUGAGUUGCUGUUGAAAUAACGCCUUGUGUCACUCCAGCAGUCCAAGGUUCAGGGUGCUCUCCCGUGUGUCCACUAGGGGGCAGGUUCUUUGAAGAAAGGCUUGUUGAAAUGGGGGCGGGGGGGGCUCGCUCCCACUCUCACUGCAGAAAAAGGCUCCUGUUAAUCUUACAUUCGCCCUGUGUGCCAGUCUUGCAACAUUCGGAGCUGCUCUGCUAUGUCCUGAACCCUGACUCCCCCUUUCCUGAAUCUGUUUGGCCCAUAGCCUCUCUUACUGUACCCCCAAUAUUUCUUGUGUAUGUUUGGAAAUUCCCCAGAGGGUUCUGUCUACUUGCUUUUUACAACCCACCCACCCCCGGCCCCCACCAAGGGGUGGUGGCAUGGAGUGGGUGCAGAGAACAGAAGGGGUAUGGGGUGUUCCUAACUUUCUAGCAAUGAGUGUGUUGGUGCAUUUAAGAAUUCAAGGGUCAAUUGCAUGAUCCCUAUCCCUUACACUUAACCCUGGAGUAUAAUAUGCAGAACCAUUUUAGAGUGGGGGUUUUGCCACUUCUGAUGACAGGUGGCACAUUCUGAUCCCCUGUGGGCUUUGAAAACUGCCAAAAACCUAGCACAUCCAGAAGUUCUAGAGCACAUGUUCUAGCUGCUGUGCUCCUUUUCUACCUGCAGGGAAUCUUUCAUUUUAUCCAAGAAGGGUGCCCCAUCUGCAGCUGGAAGUGGUAUGGUCUUCUCUUCGGCCCUCCAGCUGUUUUUAGACUACAACUCCCAUAAUCCUUAGCCAGUGUCCCAUAGCCAUGGAUUAUGGGAGUUGUAGGCCAACAUCUGCAGGAGUGCUGAAGUUGAGCAGCCCUGCCUUAGAGGUGUCCACACUGCAAAUUUGGACUAAAACUGACUGGCAGGCCGUCUCAGAAAGCAAAUUGUAAAUUUGAGAAUUGAUUUUUUUUUUUUUUAAAUCCCUCUCCCAGGUUCCUUCUGGGGAGGAGGAAGUGAGGACCAUAACUAUUAUAGGUUUGUAUUCAGAUUAUUGGGGGCAGGUUGUAACAAACUGGCACACAAGCAAGGCAAGCUGUGCAAAAUCAAGUCUGACUUCAGAGGGUUUGGAUGUUCCUUUUCCUUCUUGGGCAGAAGACUCUCCAGGCCUCGUUCUUGCAAAAGGCAGGCUAAUGGACAAUUCAGAAGAUCAACAUGGUGGUUUAAAACCUUCUUCCCUGUGACAUCUCCUCCCUCUUGGCAGACAGUGCUUGAGUUUUAUAUAUUAGCCCUAGCUGAAAGUGAGGUAUUCAUUUGGUCAAAACUAGUCCCAGAAAUUUUUUUUUCCCCUGUUCAGGGGUGGUUUUUUGUUUUUGUUUUUGGGUUAUUGGUUUUUGUUUUUGUUUUUUUGUCCUUUUAUAUCUCCUUUUUGUUAAGAAAUUUGGAUAAAACUUUUAAUAAAAACCUCAGUUUUUAAAAACUAA